AGAAACCAUCAAGGAGGCUUUCAGUAGGAAUACUAGAAAUGCUAAGGAAAUACUUAAAAAGUGAAGGGUGAGUUUUAGAGAUAUUCAUCAUGGGGAAACACAGGAGAAAGAAGCGUCCAGAGCAGCAGUUUACUAAGAAGUUAGACAUAAUUAAACAGGAAGUCUUUUCAGCACACCCAGACCAAGACCAGACGGCAUCCUCUGUGGCUGGGCUUGCUGGUGUCUGCACCAUGAGGAACGGGCAUCUAAGGUUGCUGCCAGGACUCUUGAUGCUGCUGCUGCUGCCAUUGGGAGCUGCAGCCCAGAAGACUAGUGACUGUGCUCGCUGGUGCCCUCCGAAAUCCACGUGUGUCAAUGCCACCACCUGUCGCUGCUCCCCGGGAUUCAUUUCUUCGUCCGGGGAGAUGUUCACCAGCCGGUUGGAGAGCUGUGAUGACAUCAAUGAGUGUGGACCAUCCUCAGCAGUGUCCUGUGGAAAAUUCGCAGAUUGCCAGAACACAGAGGGGAGCUUCUACUGCACGUGCAUCCAAGGAUAUGAGCUUGCUUCCCAGGCAAGAACGUUCAGGAAUGAGAGUGAGAACACGUGUCAAGAUGUGGACGAAUGUCAGCUGAAACCCCGAAUCUGUAAAAGCCACGGCAUCUGCACCAACACCCAGGGCAGCUACACCUGUGAGUGCCCGCCCGGCUUGGAGCUCAGCCCGGGCGACCCAAAUCUGUGCACAGAUGUGAAUGAAUGCACAUCAGGGCAGAACCCAUGUCACAACUCCACCGACUGCCUCAACAACAUUGGGGGCUAUGAGUGCCGCUGCCGCCCUGGCUGGAAGCCAGUUCCUGGGUCCCCCAAUGGCCCCAAGGACACCGUCUGUGAAGAUGUGGAUGAGUGCAGCUCUGGGCAGCCUAUGUGCCACGAGUCCACCAUCUGCAUCAACACCGUGGGCUCGUACAAAUGCCGCUGUCGCCGGGGCUGGGAGCCCAAACCCGGAUUCCAGAAUAGGCAGCCCAACACCACCUGUGAAGAGGUGUCCUUCCCCACCUGGACCCCACCCCCUGGAAUCAAGAGCCAGAGACUCUCCCGUUUCUUUAAAAAAGUCCAAGAUCUGCGCAGAGACUUCAAGCCAGCCUUGGCUCAGGACACCAUCCAGACCUGUCCCCUGGAGGUGCAGGAACAAGGACACAGAAAUGUCACUUUGAGUUUAAAUCAGGCGAAGAUGCUGCUGAACUGGGAUGUGGUGCACGAAUCUGGUGACUCAGGGUCCUCUGUGGUGGGUCUCAUCUCCACUCCAGGGAUGGGCAAGUUGUUGGCUGAGGCCCGUCUGGUCCUGGAGUCUGAGAAGCAGGCAGUUCUGCAUGGGGCACACAAGGGCGUGCUGCAAGGAGUCUCCUCUGUCCUGGUCUCAGAUGUCAUCUCUGCCUUUAUGAGCAACUGGGACACCCAGAACCUCAGCUCUCCCAUCACCUUCAUCUUCUCCCACCACUUGAUGACCCCUGGACCAAUUCAAAAGGUGUUCUGUGCCUUCUGGGAUCACACUCUGGAUGGAUAUGGUCAUUGGUCCACCACAGGUUGCAGGAUGGUGGCCACUGGAGACAUCAGAACCACCUGCCAGUGCACCCACCUCAGCAGCUUUGCUGUCCUCUUGGCUCACUGUGAUGUGCAGGAGGAGGAUACGGUGCUGGCUGUGAUCAGCUGUAUAGGGCUGGGCCUCUCUCUGCUGUGCCUCCUCCUGGCAGCCCUCACCUUCCUGCUGUGCAAAACCAUCCAGAACACCAGCACCUCGAUCCACCUGCAGCUCUCAAUCUGCCUCUUCCUGGCCCACCUGCUCUUCCUCACAGCCAUCGACCAGACUGAGAUCAAGGUGCUGUGUGCCAUCAUUGCGGGUGCCCUACACUAUCUCUACCUGGCGUCCUUCACCUGGAUGCUGCUGGAGGGUCUGAAUCUCUUCCUCACUGCAUGCAACCUGACGGUGGUCAACUACUCCAGUGUGAGCAGGGUCAUGAAGAAGCUCAUGUUCCCCGUGGGCUAUGGAGUCCCAGCUAUAAUUGUGGCCAUUUCUGCUGCAUCCAGGCCUCACCUUUAUGGAACACCCACCCAGUAA